GGUUAAUUUUUUAUGAUUAUUGAUUAAGGAGUGAUUGAAGCUGUGAAGUAAAAAUUCAAGCCAGAAGAUUUAUCAAAAGCACUUGCCUUAAUUCAUUAUGUUAAGAAAUGGGGUAAUUUGGAAAAACAAUAUGCCGAAAAUGUGAAUAAAGCAACAGUAGAUCACUUAAAAAAUAGUAUUCCAGAAUUGUCAGAAGUAAAUGCUUUGGCUAAUGGAACAAGACAACCAACCGAGGAAGAAAUGAAGGAUUCAACAAUCAAGGAAGCUGAGCCAAUCUCUGAUUAUUGGUCAAAAGUACUAUAACAUGCAGGUAUCACAGGAUCAAGAAUCACUUAGAAAGAUGCAGAUGUACUAGCAAAUUUAAAGAGUAUUACUGCUAGUUUUGGUGAUAAUGACAGAGAUUUUAAAUUAAGAUUUGAGUUCAAUCCAAAUUAAUACUUUGAUAACAAGGUGUUGGAGAAGGAAUUCAUUUACAACAAUGAAGAAAGCGAAUUACCUUACAAGUGCAAUGGAACAUCAAUAAAUUGGAAGGAAGGAAAGAAUGUUACAAAGACAAUAAAGAAGAAGAAGCAAAGAAACAAGAAAACCAAUCAAACCAGAAUUAUUGAGACUGAAGUGAAAUUGAAAUCAUUCUUUAAAUUCUUUGAUGACAUUGCACCUGCAUAAACAGAUGAAGAAGAAUUACAAAAGGAAGAGAAAAUUACAGCCGAUCUUGAAAUAGGAGAAGCAAUAAUCGAAGAAAUAAUCCCAUAAUCUUUGGCUUAUUAUUUAGAUUUGAAGGAAGAGGAGGAUGAAGAUGAUUUUGAUGAAGAAGAUGAAUAAGAUGAUGAUGACGAUGAUGAUGAAGAUGAUUGAUG